AUGUCGUUAUCUCUCGUUACUGGAGGCACAGGCUUCGUCGGCCUCUAUCUGGUCAAACUCCUCCUCGAGCGAGGCCAUCGUGUUCACACCACCGUCCGCUCUCUCAGAAACAAGGCAAAAUGCAAACCGCUGCUUGACCUUCAAAACCAGUUUCCCGAUAGCCUUCACCUGUUCGAGGCCGAUCUUAUGACGACAGACUCUUUUACUCAGGCCAUGCAGGGCUGCCAAGUUGUUUAUCACGUCGCUUCGCCCUUCCUCGUGCCCGACCAGAUCAAGGACGGCUUUAAGGACUGCGUCGAGCCAGCACUACAAGGGACCAAAAAUGUGUUGAAAUCUGUCAAUGGUACAGAAAGUGUUAGGCGUGUAGUCCUCACCUCAUCCGUUUCCGCAAUGUUCGGUGACAAUGCCGAUGUGAUGAAGACACCGAACAAAACCCUCGACGAGUCGUGCUGGAAUCAGAGCAGCAGCGUCACGCACUAUCCCUACGCUUAUUCUAAGGCGGUAGCUGAGCGGGAGGCUUGGAAGAUGCACGACGCCCAGUGCCGCUGGUCUCUCGUCGUCAUCAAUCCAGGCCUGAUCGUAGGCCCAUCCCUGACACCCGAGUCCAUCUCGGGCAGCCUUCACAUGCUCGAGGCCAUGUAUAAAGGCGACAAUCGCAUGGGCGUCGCUGAUCUGUCCUAUCCUGUCGCCGAUGUGCGGGACGUCGCCGAAGCUCAUGUCAAGGUCGGUGAAGACGAAUCGCGGAACGGUCGCUUCAUCAUCUCGGGUGACCGCACGAUCUCGCUGCUUGAGAUGGCUGGUUUUGUGCGACCGGUGCAUAGGGACCCCAAGGCACUACCGAGCCGCAACCUUCCUAGGCUAAUGGUGUAUGCUGUCGGGCCCUUCAUCGGGAUUUCAAAAAAGUGGUCGACCGCCAACCUUAGCAUUCCGUUCAAAGUUGAUAACUGCAAGAGCAUCCAGGAGCUCGGCCUUAAGUACCGUCCGGUUAGCGAUAGCUUUCAAGCGCACUACCGGUCCUGGGAAGCAGCGAACCCUCGGCAUUGA